GUUGUAUUCCAAUAUAAAACUUGAACCCCUGUGUAGCUUCACCAAAUGCACAAAUCUCCUCAAGUUUGAUACUAGCUUGGAUCAUUUCUCUUUAUGGAACUCUCAUCGUCUUCCGAAAGACAAUAUAAUGCCACCAAACCCAGUGAGGACGAGAGAGAUAAGAGUGACAAAACCUACCACAAAUAUAUAGAGAGAAUCUCAACCCUUCCUGUCUGGGGAGAAGAUCCUAGGGACAAGCUCUACAAGUACCAAAAUUUUUGGUUCAGUCAUUACUAUCUUGAAAGGAUCAUGUUUGCGCAAGAACAUUUCAGAGCUCAAUCGUCCGAUAUAAUUUUAAGCAGCGCCCCCAAGACGGGCACUACCUGGCUAAAGGCUUUGGCUUUUUCGAUUGUAACCAGAAAUUGUUUCGAUGAUUCGAUGAAUCCUUUAUUGACUAGUAACCCCCAUGAUUGUGUACCCUUCGUAGAGGUAGAUCUUGCCCAAAACCCACCUAAUCGGCACUUAGACCAUCCUCUCAUAUCUACACACAUUCCUUAUAUUUCUUUACCAGAAUCUAUAAUAGCUUCUGGUUGUAAGAUCAUAUAUAUAUGUAGAGACCCAAAGGAUGUAUUUGUUUCUAUGUGGCAGUUCGCAUGCAAGGUAACACAACCAAUUCCCUUGGAGAUGGCAUUUGAGAUGUUCUGUGGAGGCAUGUAUCUUUAUGGACCAUAUUUGGACCAUGUAUUGGGGUACUGGAAAGCGAGCUUGGAAAGGCCAGACAUGAUCUUGUUCUUAAAAUACGAAGAUUUGAAGAGAGACACUAUGUCCAAUUUAAAGACAUUGGCCAAAUUCAUGGGCCAACCGUUCUCUGAGGAGGAAGAGAGAAAUGGUGUGUCCGAGAAAAUUAUUCAGCUUUGUAGUUUCGAGCAUUUAAGCAAUUUGGAGGUGAAUAAAAGCGGAAAGCAUCGGCCAGAGGCCCCUAUUACCGUUCCUAACAAUGCAUUCUUCAGGAACGGUAAGGUGGGAGAUUCAGAGAAUCAUUUAACACUUGAAAUGAAAAAGUGCCUGGAUGGAAUCAUGGAAGAGAAGCUAAGAGAUUCUGGCCUAAAUUUUUAGAUCCCAUCCCCAUGAACAAGUCGGAAGCAUUCUUUAGCACAAGAAAUUGUUGUUUGAGCAUUCUUUAGCUUGUAUUUGUGUGAUCAAACGAAAAAAAGAAAAAGAAAAAGAAAA